AUGUCAAAGGUCGGCUGUUGGCAGCUAUUGGAAGAGAUGCCAAUAACCAGUUCUAUUUGGUUGCAUGGGGUAUUGUGCCUAUUGAAUACAGAGAGUUGGAUUUGGGUUAUUAAACUUCUUAAAGCAGACUUGAAUCUGGGUGAUGGAGAAGGAUUUAGUCUCAUCUCAGACCGACAGAAGGGUUUGCUUAUUGCUGUGGAACAAGAGUUGCCCAAAGUAGAACAUCGCAUGUGUGCUCGCCACAUAUAUGGGAAUCUAAGGAGAGCAUACCCAGGAAAAGAAUUGCCUAAACACCUAUUUUGGGCUGUUGCGAAAAGUUUCAAUGAGGCAGACUAUAACAAAGCCAUGGAAGAGCUGAAGCAGUUUGAUCAGGGUGUUUAUGAGGCAGUGAUGAAUAAGAAUCCUAAGAAUUGUAGUCGUGCUUUCUUCAAGUGCACAUCACUGUGCGAAGAUGUGUCGAACAACUUCUCUGAGUCGUACAACAACACUAUCAACCAAGCAAGAGAGAUGCCAUUGGUAGCAAUGUUAGAGACGAUAAGAAGACAAUGCUUGAUCAGGAAUGAUAUGAGAAGAAAGAAGGCUGCAAAGCAUAAGGGAAAAUACAGUUUGAAAGUGGCCAAAACCAUAAAAGAAGAGCAGAGACACUUGAAGUAUUGUGAGGUAAUCCCUUGUGGCAAUGGGCAUUAUGAAGUGGCUGAACAUGUUCAUCAUGGUUUCAGGGUAGAUAUGAAUGCAAAAACAUGUGCUUGUAGAAGGUGGAGUAUGACAGGGAUACCUUGUCGUCAUGUUUUGCGAGUAAUUGGGUUGAAGAAGAAUCAGAAGCCUGAAGAUUUUGUUACAUGUGACUGGUUAUUGACAUCAAGAUGGGUUGCUCAGUACAAUGAACAACUGAUGGGAGUUAAUGGUAUGUACUUUUGGGAGAAAUCCGGUGAACGAGAGCUUCAGCCACCACCUAGAGAGAAAACUAAAGGGCGUACAAAGAAGCAGAAACGAAUCAAGGGGAAGAAUGAGUCUCCAAAGAAAAAGAGAAAGCAAGGAAAGGAAGUAGAAGAAGAGGCUCCUCCAAAGAAGGUGAAAAUAACUAGAGAAGGAAUCACUUUGCAUUGUUCUCAAUGUACCAAGACUGGACAUAACACAAGAAGCUGUCAAAAUCCUGGGGUUCAAGGUAAGCAAGCUCAGCCAAGAAAGCGUCGAGGGGAAGGAGGUCCAAGUCAACCAAGUCAAGCCUCACAAGCAUCUCAGAUUUCACUUGGUGAUUAA